AGCAAUUCCAAUCAGAUGCAGUUAUUAAAUAGCUAGUGGAUGGCGCCAUCAACUUCUAUGGGUUUCAUUUGAAGUACUGAUGGUGAAUCAGUCAUGCAGGUGGAGAAUAAUUGCAGCAGCCAUAAUGAUCAUCAUGAUCACCAUCACCUUCCAUGCAUGUUGUUGGGGUGUAGUCAUGCCUUUCAUCACCUUCAUUGUCUUCAUGUGCACACUUCUUGCACUACAAAGCAACCACCUUGGGAGCAAGUAAUAUUUUCUCUCUAAUGCUCUUCAAGCAAAAGGAAGGAGAAGACAGUGAGAAUUGAAAUCCAACUGGCAUAUCUGUGGUUUGUAUUCAGUUUGAGUGGAAGGGAGAGGAAUGAGAUUGCUGUGUAUUGAGGAUGGUCAGGAUAGGAGAACGUGGUGAAUUUGUAUUGGAACAAGUGAGUCACAUGGUUGGUGUAAAAUGAUCAGAGGCUGUUGAAUGACACAAUGCAGAUGGCUUGUGGUGGCCUGCUGUCCAGCCACAUAGCAUCUAGGAUGACAGUUCAGCAAAUAGGCUCAAAUGGUUGUCUUUUUAUUUGGCUGGCUCAAAUGGUAUUUAUGCACCAUAAAAGCACCUUUUGGGUGCAUGAAUGGGUUGGGCAGCAUGGUGGACUAAGGGACAAGAAAACAGAACUGAAAAAUGCAUUUAAAGUGGUCGCUGCAAGCACAUUAACUGCAUGCCAUCUGAAGUCAUGCAGCUGGAGGAUAAUCAUAGCCACCAUCAUCAUUGUUGCCGUCAUCACCAUCAGUCUUCUAUGCAUGCUGCUGGGGCAUAAUCAUAUCCAUCAUCACCAUCAUCACCAUCAUCUUCUCCAUGCACGUCCUUCUUGCACCACUGAGAAACAACCUUGGAAAUGGGAGACAUUGCCUUUCUACUUCUUUAAAAGCAAAAGGAAGAACAGUUAAGAGGGUGAGAAUGAAAAUCAGUUUGUGUAUCUAUUGCUUGUAUUCUGUUUGAAUGAGAGUGACCAGUGUGAUUGUCUUAUAUAGAAGCCCAACUGACAGUUUAGUAAAGUGGCUGGCAUUGCCUUUACUUAAUGUAAAAACAACUUUUUUGUGUGCAUGAAUGGAUCAAAGAAAGUACAAGGACCUUGUGUAGUAUGGUGGACUAAGGAACAGGACAACAAGAACUUGACAAAAAGAAAAACUUCUAAUCAAAUGGUAAUGGCAACAUCAAGGUAAAACCAGUCUAUGCAUUCCUGGACUUUUUCUGCUGGGAUUGGAUGUCAGGAAAAUGACCGCUGCAAGCACAUUAGCUGCACAUGAUUUGAAGGUGGAGUGCUAAAAUAAUCACCUGGAUGAAUCCUAUUUCUUCGUUUGUUAAUAAUUUUACCACCAUAUAUAGUCAAGCUAUUAAGGAGAAGAGUCAAUAUUGGCCUAUUUGCUCUUCUUUUGGCUGGGGAGCAGCAUUAUUUUGAUGGUUAAAAUCAACAUGGGGUGGAAGUAGGGUUUGGCAUUAAGGUGGAUCAGGAAUCAGGACGUUGAGUGGAAGAUCGUUUAUAUGGGAUUAAGACUCCAACUUGUAAAAGUUUACCAAUUAAGGACCUAAACAUUUGUUGUUUUUAAUCUAGGAUCUCAACUUUUUAGUUUUUCUAUUUGGCCAAGCCUCUAUUUGCAAUCUAC